AUGACAGCCUCGCAACCUUCACCAGCGGCAGGCUCAACAGAGACUGUGGACACAGUGCCCCCGCACCAGCCAGCCCUUUUCCCUAGCCACUACCCAACACCCUUCAGCGCCAUUGCCACUCUGCUGGCGGGCUGCCUGCUGCGCUGCGAGCAGUCGAGCGGCACCUACGCUCAUGUGGACCUGGAGAUGCAGCAGCAGCAGGGACCGCACCAGCAGCAUCAGCUGCCGGUGUUGGUAGUGGAGGAUGAUGCUGCUGGCCUGUCCCCACAGCAACUGCGCCGCAGCGUUGGCAUUCCCCAGCGCGCCAACAGCACCGUCGGCAGCUCCGGGGCAGCUGGCGGCACUGGCAGCAGCAAGUUGCCAGACCUGGUGCAUGCUGCGCUGCGCCUGGGAUCGCUGGCCUUGGUGCUGACCAAGCGGCGCCAGCAGGGUGCCAGCGUUGCGCUGCUCACCUGCACCAGUGCUGCUGGCGACGUUGAGGCGGUGGUCGUUGACUUUGCAGCAGAUGGCAGCCAGCAGCUGGCCCCUGCACGCAAGGCUGGCGUGCCUGCGACCGCGGCAGCGCCAGCAGCCGCCACGGCACCACCAGACUCGGAGGCUGCAGUAGGGUGGCAGGCUGCCAUGGAUGCCAUCGGGCGGCUCUGGCCAAGUCACGGCAGCAAGGCCAGGCUGCAGCAGCUGCUGGAUGCCAUGCCGGAGCAAGGGACACGCCUGCUGAUAGCGCAGCUGCGCAGAGCGAGCCACACAGGCGGCGCGGCUGAGGCUGCUGCAUACGAGCUGGACUGGGCUGGUGCCGGCGACCUCAAAGCUGCAGAUGUGUUGGGUCAGGUGGCAGCAGCAGGCGCGGCAGGCACAGGGGUGCUGCCAUCACCUCAAGGGCUGCCGGAGCAGCCGCAGCCGCCGCCAGGCGACCCCGGCGUGCAGCGCUGCAUGGCGCACCGCCACUCCCUGCGUGCCUACAUGGGCCUCCUGUUCCUGCGCUGGCCGGCCGGCUUCCGCCUGCGGCUGCGCGGCAGCGACAUGCAGCACACACCCAUCAGGGACAAGGUGGAUGAGCGUGGCUUUCAGAUGCAACACGUGGUCCAAGUCCAUACCGGCUUCCUGGCUGAUGCGCCCCACACAGUGGUGCAGGGCAUCUGCCUGUACCACAGCAACCGCCUGGUCAAGCCCUUCUGGAAAGCCUUCCUCAAGCGCACUGUGCCAGCGUAUUGGAAGCGGCAUGCGCACCUGCUGGAUGGCUGGACAGGCCUGCGCCAUGGCAGCGGGAUGGCCGGCCAGCAGACCCCUGCGCCCCCCUGGGCGGCAGCAAUGCAGCAGCAGCACGAGCAGCUGGCCCAGGGACGCUCACAGCAGCAGCAGCAGCAGCAACACCCAGCGGCAGGAACCCUGCAGCAACUCAUGACGCUGGCUACCGCCGCUGGGCAGCAGGCGACGCAUGGGGAGGCGCAGACGUGGCGGCAGCUGCUGGCUGCCCUGCUGGCACAGCAUGGGCCGCUCCAGGCGGCUCGACAGCAGCAGCAACUCAUGGGGCUAGAGCAGCUGCAGCAGAUGGGACUGCCUGGCAGCGCAGUCACCGGCACCCGCGCAACAGCCACCACCACCACUGGCCAGCAACAGCUCCAUGCAGGGCGGUUCACGCCCUCGCAGCAGCAGCAGCCCGAAGAACCGCAGCGCAGCAUGGUCGGCUUGCAUGGUGCACGGGAGCACGAUGCGCUAGCGGGGAGUAAGCGUUCCAACCUGGGGGAAGAUGCGGUGGCAGCUAAGCGCCCUCGGCUGUGUUAG